AUGAUUAUUCCUGUAAGAUGCUUUACCUGCGGCAAGGUUGUAGGGAACAAAUGGGAGCGCUACUUGAACUUGUUGGAGCAAGACAUCACUGAAGGCGAAGCUCUAGACAAACUUAACCUGAAAAGGUUCUGCUGCCGAAGAAUGCUGCUAACACAUGUGGACCUGAUCGAAAAGCUUUUGAACUACAAUAUUCUUGAUAGAACUGUCUCUGCUUAA